AUGGAAAUUUUAUUCCCACCCAAUACCUAUGAUGCACAAGUCAAGUGGAACAAGGAAGAGGAACGUAAAAGUCUCGUCUUGAGGCAGCACUCGUACCGUUCCGCCGUCCGUGAUUUCGUGACAACUGACUUGUCGCUGGAUGAGAAAUCGAACAAGAGUGCGUCCAGCAGCAUUGUGGUGGUCAGUCACGUCAAAAAGCGACCCUCCCACUUGCAACUAACCGGAAACAACCAGCUGAGCCAACAGCAACAACAAAAGCAACAACAGCAACAACAGUCGUGGCUCGUCCAACAACCGCCCUCCAACGGUCCUUGCUUGCAAACUGACAUCGACGCCGAUGACAAUGUCUCUGCUACUACUACCACUACUACCUCUACCUCCUCCAACAACAACAACAUUAACUGUUUGGCCACGGUCGAUAGGACCGGAAGCUCUGGUAGUCCAUUGUCCCUGCCGCGACCCAGUCCCAUCGCUUCUGAUUUUGAGUUGUCCGUUUUGGAGCGAUUCGACCAGCUCCUGGCUUCUUUAGGGACCUCCUCAGGAUCGAGCAGCCUCGGCAGUAGCGGGAGCCUCACGGUCCACCAACAGCAGGAGAGUCAACAGUCGCUUACGAAAAUGACGACGACGCCCGCUGCGACGGCCAGUGUCAAUCGACGCCAAAAGAUUUACGGUAACUUAGUCUGUUCUGUCCAAUCAACAAGUCAAAAAUUCAAAUUGUUUCAAACUAAAACAGAUGAUGACUCUGACCGGGGCAUGAGACGCAUAUUGUAUUUGAAAGCGCAGGCCGGAAAUCCCUUAGACUCGUGUCGGCCAUCGUGUCGGUGUCGGCCUCGUGUCGGAAAUCCCUUGUACUCGUGUCGGCCACCACCACGGAAGCCGAAACGGUUGUGA